AGCACGACGUUGCCACGUGUCGUUUCAUGAUUUGCCCAUUUCAUCCCGACACAGGGCUCUCUCUUUGUGAUUUGAUUUUCUUCCUCUCCGCUUCCAAAUUUCCAAUCUGAGCUUGCAAGUCACUUUCAUCAACGCCAAUGGCUUCUACGAAGCCUUUUGAAGGUACAAGGUCAAUGUACCCAGAGGUAAUCGAGUCGAAACCUGAGGCAUCGGCACCUUCACUUCCAAAUCCUAACCCUAAUUCUUCGCCACCCUCCUCUUCGUCCAAUCUCUAUCCCUCAAUUGACCCUAGCGAUUUCGCCCAAAACCUAAUUCCUUAUGACUAUACUCCCGGCGCGCCUUCUGCCCCUCCGUUGCCUCAUGAAGACGACCUCUCUGCCCCUCCAUUGGUUCACGACGAAGAGGCGUUCCCGGCUUCCGGAGAUGUUCUUCUCAAGAUUCCCGGUGUUGUUCUGAACCUCAUUGAUCAGCAAUACAGCGUCAUGCUCGCUUCUGGAGAUUUUACGGUCAUCCGUCUCUGCCAGGGUGGAAGCGCUGUCGCUGUUCUCGCCCGCGUUGCCAAUAAGAUUCAGUGGUCUUUGGCUAAGGAAACGGCUGCGGUUAAAGUCGACGACUCGCAUUAUUUCUUCUCGUUCUUCUUUCCCGAUCAGUGUGACGAGGGAGAGGUCCGUAAAGGGGAUGUUACUAGCUAUGUGUUGAGCUAUGGGUUGACGAUCGCGUCCAAGGGGCAGGAGGCUCUGUUGAAGGAGUUGGAUGCACUUCUGAAGAGUUAUAGUAACUUCUCUGUGCAUGAGGUGUCUGAGAAUGCGAAGAAGAAGGGAGAGGCUUUGGAUACCUCAGUGGCCAAGGAAAUGUCUCCUGCAGAUUUGAGUUCAGGGGAGAAGAAGGAAUUGAUGGAGGGGACUUGCGCUGCAUAUUGGACCACAAUAGCUCCAAAUGUGGACGACUAUAGUGGAGCAGCUGCAAGAUUGAUUGCACAGGGAUCUGGUCACCUAAUUAAGGGCAUACUUUGGUGUGGCGAUGUGACGGCGGAGAGGUUGAAAGUGGGAAAUGAGGUUUUGAAGACGAAGAUGGCUCCAGGUGAAAAUACAGAAGUUAGUCCUGAAACAUUAAAGCGGAUUAAAAGGGUUAAGGCUGUAACUAAAAUGACAGAAAAAGUGGCUAGUGGGCUUCUCUCUGGGGUCGUGAAAGUCUCUGGACUAUUUGCUAGUUCUAUGGCAAAGACAAAAACAGGAAAGAAAAUAAUCAAGCUUAUACCCGAAGAAGUUUUACUUGCAUCCUUAGAUGGAUUUGCCAAGGUGUGUGAUGCGGUUGAGGUAUCUGGAAAACAUGUCAUGUCAACAACGUCUACCGUGACAACUGACCUUGUGAAUCACAGAUAUGGAGAAGAAGCUGCAAAGGCAACGAAUGAAGGGCUUGACGCUGCUGGUCAUGCCGUGGGGGCCGCAUGGGCUGUUUUGAAGAUUCGGCAGGCAUUUACUCCGAAGGGUUUUCUUAGGCCUGUUAUGGCUAAAUCUGCUGCUGAAGCUGCGGCAGCUGAAUUAAAAGAAAAGGAAAAAAAGAAAAAAAAUGAAUUGCAGAAAAAAAAGUGAAAGUCCAAGCGACUUCUUGCAGGAGAAAAAUAGUUUUGUUUUAUUACUAUUACUAUUAUUAUUAUUAUUUUAAAAGGUGGGGGGAGGGAUUGGGGAGGAAGCUAUAAAAUAAUGCCAGCAGCCACGGACACCCUGAAAUUGCCAGAGUGAUCAUCAUUCUCCUCGUAGGAUCAAAGCUAAAGAUCAUCCACACCAAGAGCUAGCGAUGGUGACCUUAGGGCCUCGUUAGGUUAAAAUACCAAGGAUAUAAAGUACGUGCACUGAGAUUAAAAAAAUUACUAAGCUUGUUCGCCGUGUGCCCUUUAACCGUUAGUCUCUGGCCAUCACCGUCUCAGAUAUGUGUCUCUCGUGGUGGACCCAGUGGCUAUUGAAGUGUUGUUUAUAUAUGAUUGAUUCUCAGCUGCAGAAUCUGGGAUACGUCGUCCUCAUGCCACCCUUAGCGGGUGCAGAUGUUUAAUAAUCCCCCCUUUUUUCUCGGUCGCAAGGAGCCAUUAUUGGAGCAUUUAUCUUCUGAUGGUGAUGUUCCCCUUUCGUUUGUACCGCAAGCCCUACAACUUCAAUUGCUAUUAACUUUUUAAAAUUUAAAGUCUUAUCUGCGAAUCGAAUACUGCUGGUGUUAAAACUUA